AUCAUUUUCUAUAUCUGAUCCAAGAGAUGUGAGAGUUUUCUCAUUUCCCCCCACCCAGAGAGCAAAAGUCGCUGCCAAACAAAGACUCAGCUAUAUCUUGUAACAGACAAGAGUCACCCAAACUACAUGACCUGUUUUUUAGCACCCCUGCUGCUGUCUAUCUAGUUUCUUCCCCAAUUCUCCCUCGCUCUCUCUCACGCGCUCUUGUCUGAACCAAUUUUCCAUUUAAAGGGGUUAGUGCAAUUGCCUCUUCUCUUUUAUUCUCUCUCCCUGCCUUCUUAAUUAUACUUGGAGCAAAACUGGGGCUGUUGUUACAGUUGUUAUAGCUGUUGAAUUUGGUUUUGGAGAAAUGAGUGCAUUGAACUUGAGCUGGCAUAGUAAAUCAUUAGACUCUCAAGUUGCCUUGAGAUGUGGCGCUUAUCCUACUUGUUCUCACCAAACUAAUGCACUAGCUUUUAGAGGCAGUGAAUCAAUGGGCCAUUCUUUGAAAUUCCCAUUUGGAAAUUCUUCUGCUAAAACAAGACUAAGGAAUCAUAUCCGCCCUCCUUUGCGGGUUGUCUGUGUGGACUAUCCAAGACCGGACCUUGAUAACACGGUGAAUUUCUUAGAAGCUGCCUUGUUAUCUUCAUCCUUUCGUUCUUCUCCGCGUCCAGCUAAACCAUUAAAUGUUGUCAUUGCUGGUGCAGGUUUGGCGGGUUUAUCGACUGCAAAAUAUUUGGCAGAUGCAGGCCAUAAGCCUAUAUUGCUUGAAGCAAGAGAUGUUUUAGGUGGAAAGGUGGCUGCAUGGAAAGAUGACGAUGGAGACUGGUACGAGACAGGCUUGCAUAUAUUCUUUGGGGCAUAUCCAAAUGUGCAGAAUCUUUUUGGUGAACUUGGUAUCAAUGAUAGGUUGCAAUGGAAGGAGCAUUCUAUGAUAUUUGCAAUGCCAAAUAAGCCAGGAGAAUUCAGUCGAUUUGAUUUUCCUGAAGUUCUCCCUGCACCAUUAAAUGGGAUAUUGGCCAUUUUAAAGAACAAUGAAAUGCUGACUUGGCCAGAGAAAGUGAAGUUUGCAAUUGGGCUACUGCCAGCAAUUGUUGGUGGACAAGCUUAUGUUGAGGCUCAAGAUGGUUUAAGUGUUCAAGAGUGGAUGAGAAAGCAGGGUGUACCUGAUAGAGUGACUACUGAGGUGUUUAUUGCCAUGUCAAAGGCUCUAAACUUUAUUAACCCAGAUGAGCUUUCAAUGCAAUGCAUUUUGAUAGCUUUGAACAGAUUUCUUCAGGAGAAACAUGGUUCAAAGAUGGCUUUCUUGGAUGGUAAUCCCCCAGAGAGGCUCUGCAUGCCAAUUGUUGAUCAUAUUCAGUUGCGUGGUGGUGAAGUCAAGCUUAAUUCUCGGAUAAAGAAAAUUGAGCUAAAUGAUGAUGGAACAGUGAAGAGUUUUUUACUAAAUACUGGGGAUGUGAUUGAAGGGGAUGUUUAUGUGUUUGCCACUCCAGUUGAUACCCUGAAGCUUCUUUUGCCUGAUAACUGGAAAGAGAUUCCUUACUUCAAGAAACUGGAGAAAUUAGUUGGAGUUCCUGUUAUUAAUGUUCACAUAUGGUUUGACAGGAAACUGAAGAAUACAUACGAUCACCUACUUUUCAGCAGGAGUCCUCUUCUCAGUGUGUAUGCUGACAUGUCUCUGACAUGUAAGGAGUAUUAUGACCCAAAUAAAUCUAUGCUGGAGUUAGUUUUUGCGCCUGCUGAAGAAUGGAUUUCACGCAGUGACUCAGAGAUUAUUGAUGCUACAAUGGGGGAACUUGCAAAACUUUUUCCUGAUGAAAUAUCCGCAGAUCAAAGCAAAGCAAAAAUCGUGAAGUAUCAUGUUGUUAAAACUCCAAGGUCAGUUUACAAGACUGUCCCAGAUUGUGAACCUUGCCGUCCCUUGCAAAGAUCUCCGAUAGAGGGUUUCUAUUUAGCUGGUGACUACACAAAACAAAAGUACUUGGCUUCAAUGGAAGGUGCUGUUCUAUCAGGGAAGCUUUGUGCACAGGCAAUUGUACAGGAUUAUGAGCUCCUGGUUGCUCGGGGGCAAGGAAGGUUGACUGAGGCAACCAUUACUUAACAACUCUGGAAUUACAGGGCAUUGGUCUAAAGAAUUAGGGCAGGUGGUUCGACAAAAAAAAAAAAAACUUCCUGAAGCUUUCCAUACAUGCUAGAAUUUGUAAAGCUCUUAAAUGAAACGAAUCUCCUCAAUUGAAAACCUUCCGUUAUAUUAAUAUAUGGCAUCGUCUUCACAUGAUAGAAUAA